UUCAGACUAUCGACUUUUGGAGGAAUCUGUGACACCCCUAUACAUGGAACUUCUGCAAAAUCAUGCAACCAGUGGCAAUGUGGCAGCCCUAAUCCGUGUAUUCCUUGCCAGAGCAACAGAGCUCAAGGCGUCAGCACAGUGUGACAAUAGUGUGUUUACAUGGCAAGCAUACAAUGCACUCUUUAUUGUUCGUUGUGUAUGCAAGUUACAUAUUCAACAUCUUUCUGAAGAGGAAGUGAUUGAAGUUGUGCAGACAUCCCCACCCUCCACAGAAGAAGGUGGAGUACCAGAAGAUAACUCAAAUUUGGUGGAAGAUCUGGUGACGAGUCUAGUUGAGGUCAUAGUGGAUGUGCCUCUGGUUGACCUCACUUAUGCACUCCAUCAUGAAGCCACCACCACACUCCUUGUUCUAACUUCAGCAUUGGUGUUUGCAUCAGGAGAGUUGUGCUACUUAACCAUUUUGAAAAUGUUGAUGACUGGCCGUGCUUCCAUCCAUGCUUGUCUGUUUGUCAAGACAUUAUUAAAACGCUUCAUGGCACAAGACAAACCUCCAGCUAAAGAUGGAGGUGGCAGUGUUGUACUUGGAUUGGCUUCUGGACUGUGGAAUGUUCUGACCCUGGGGCUAGUUGGGAAUGGAGAGGACACUACUAAAAGAGGACCUGAGUCACCACUAGCAUCACAGAGUGUGUUAUUGCUUUUGGUGUUAGCCAACCACUAUACCGCUGACCGUACCACCAGGAACCCUUACCGGCAAGCACUGCUACAUGCACAGAACUUCCAUGAUCCAGCAGAAAGCACACCAACUCAGGCAGUGGCAACAUUCAAAUUAGAGUUUGCCACAUUAUACAAGACCUUGUGUACUCAUCUUCAUGAUGACCAGACAACGCUGCUCCUGUACCUACUCCUUCAUAAAAAUGAAGAUUUCCGCACCUACGUCCUGUCCCGAACAGACAUGGAGAGUUUGAUUCUUCCAAUCCUCCACACUCUCUACCAUGCUCCAGACAGUACUUCCCAUCAUAUCUAUAUGUCACUUAUCAUCUUACUCAUCCUUUCUGAAGAUGAUUCCUUCAACAAAACAAUUCACGAUAUACCAUUGAAGAACAUCACAUGGUACACAGAGCGCCUUAUUAACGACAUCUCACUCGGAGGACUCCUCAUUCUCGUUGUCAUCAGAACUAUAACCUACAAUAUGACCAAAAUGAGGGACAAAUACCUGCACACCAACUGCUUAGCUGCCCUGGCCAAUAUGUCAAGUCAGUUCCGGUCGCUUCACCCUUAUGUAUGCCAGCGGCUUGUUAGCCUUUUUGAGACGCUCAGUAAAAGACAUGCUCGUCUGUGUGAGUCCAUCAAGAUGGCUGAAGAUCUUCUUGAGGAGUCUGAAAAUGACAUGCCAGAUGCUCUAAGUGAUGUUAGUGUUUUGGAGGAAGUCCUCCGGAUGGUCUUGGAAAUUUUGAAUUCCGUCUUGACCCACCAGUUGGCUCACAACCAUAACCUGGUUUAUACAUUGCUCUACAAACGACAUCUCUUCCAACCCUUUUCAACGCACCCAAACUUUCAAGAUGUGACACAGAAUAUAGAAAUGGUUCUUUCUUAUCUGAUGGGUCGCCUGGAGACCACUAAGAGGGAUCCAGGAGUUCAAGAUGUGCAGGAAGUGAUCCAGCAAGGUGUGCUCCAUCUACCAAAAGACCGUCUAAAGAAAUUCCCUGAAUUAAAAUUCAAAUAUGUAGAGGAGAAUGAACCAGAGGAAUUUUUCAUUCCUUAUGUGUGGACACUUGUGUAUCAUAAGUCAGGAUUGUACUGGAAUCCAAAGUGCAUCUGUAUGUUUGAUCCCUCUCAACCUGAUGGUUAAAGCCAAAUACUAGCCAAAUCAGGUGUUGAUGUUGUUUUCAAUUUGAUAAAUGUGUUUUUAUCAUUGUGUUUUGUUGCAAUUUUUUUUAAAGGUUUACUGUUAGCAGGUGGGAUAAACAAUAUGCAUAAAAUAGCUGUGAGUUAGUUAGGCCUGUUAUUUGAUGGCAGUGUUUUUGUAUUUAAAAUUUAUUGUAUUUCAUCAAGAUCAGGAAUAACUACAUUAGAUCUUUUGUAAGACUGUGAGAUAAUCUGUAAUUAGAAAAGUUUUUGUAUACAUAAUUAGUCUGGAAUACUGCUAGAUAGAGAUACUAGUUAAAAUAGUUAAACAGUUUUGAUAAAUAUCAUGUAUUUAAUUUUAACUGCAUUCGAUUUGUAUGUUUUUUCUUUAUUUAUAUCACUUAAUUUCAAACCUUGUUUGGUAGCCACAGAUUCUGAAUAUAGUUGAACCAGUAUAGUAUUAGGUUGUAAUUCUUAAGCUAUUUCGCAAAAUUAUGUUUGGUAUAAGUAUAAAAGAAUAUAUCAUUUUAAUAUAAAUG